ACAAACACAUCUCACACCAUCUGUCAACGACACUUACAACUUGCAUUUAAACAACUUAUCCUUACCUACUCACGAAUUAAUCAUGCCUCUCUUUGGACACAAGGACAAGAACGUUGACCACAACGUUAACAAUAACACGACCACCGGUCGUAACGACUUCCCCAACAACAGCGCUGGCGUUGCUGGUGUCGGUGCCGGUCAAAGACAUCAUGAUAGACACAAUGCCGGUCAUGACACCCAGGGCGGUAUGAACCCACAGCAACAAGGAUUCGGCGGCACGGGUGCUCAGGGUGCACAGGGUGGCUACACUCAAGGUGCCGAUCCAUACUCCAAUACCGCGGGUUACAACGACCCUUCUAUCCCACCUGCGAACCAGAUCAACACCGGUCAACACGGUGGUGGUGGGGCUCGCAUGGCAGGAAAGAAAGAACAGGAGGCUGAGUCUUACAAGCAGCAGAGCGCUGAGAUCGGUGAAGCGGAGCGUCUUGAGAAAGAAGCACUGCUACGUCGCGAACGUGCUGUUCAACAUGGUGCGGAUCCUCGUAACAAGGCACUUGGUGGCGGUGCGCAGGGUCAGAACUUCGGUAAUAACUUCGACAAUAACGCAACCGGCGGAACUGGUCCAACUGGUGGUCAGGGUCUUGCUGGGCAGCGGGCGUUGUGAAUACAGCACGUAUCAACAUGGAACUAUGAGAAGCAUACCUUGUAUUGUUAGUGUAGUUGUACGACGAUAGUCGGUUGCAUCAUC